ACGCAACCCUCCGUCUGUCGCUCAACACCACAGUAUCUCCUCCUCCUUGCUUGGCAUCAGACUGGUGUGUGUGCCGACCUUGUUCCAGCGACGAGCUACUCGAAAGCCAGCUGUUUACAUCGAAUACAUUUAUGGCAAAAGCCAUCCUCUCUUACGGGCUGUGGUAGUAGCCGUAUAUUUAACCGUCAAAAUGAGUCAGGAUGUGAUGGGGUGCUGCCCUGCUAUUGCUAGCUAGGCGGACAAAUUCCUUCAACCAGCUUGCGGUUUCAAUCACUGCGGGUUGACACAACAUUAGUUGAGGCGUUUUUAAGUGAGCUAGCGGGCUAUCGAGGCUGCUCUCGUGGCCGUUACGUGUAAUUUAGCCAAGGUUAGCUAGCUAAUGUAACUUAGUUACUUAGAAAACGGGCGCAUUGCUGCGGCGUAGUGCAACAACGGUUAUCGUUCUGUUAGCUACUAGCAAGGACGACUACUUUUUCUAGCGUGAACUAGCUAGCUAACGUUGGCGAGACUGCACAGAAAACAACUGUUACGGGGUUGGAUGUCGCGACACUGCAGUUUUGAACCACUUUUGGCGGAUUGGGAAAAUAGAAUUGGACCACAGUGACAGACGAAAAUAUAGAAUUGGACCACCAAUUAACAGUGGGUGUUAAUGAUAUAAACCAGGUGUUAAGUGGCUAAUCCGCGGCAGUUGCAGUCAUUUUAACAUUAACGUUAGCUAUAUUAAGGCAGAGCAUCUCGGGGAGGCCCCACCGUCUCUUGACUCCCUCCCCUGUCCGAAUCUCCUGUGAUUUGACGAGAACACCCCGGUGAAGUCGCAGUUGUUCUCGGCUGGGGGGACAACUUGACAGCGAGGCCCAUAGCUAGUCUCCCCUCCCCCAGUCCCGUCCAUCCAUCCGUCCAGCCCAACAGACCACCUCCUCGCCUAAAAUCGAAGCGAGGACCAGGGAUUCGGGAUAAGCUGAAACCGUGUGUCGGGACCCGUCUUAACCGGGCUGCCAAAACCAGAGGGGAUGACUCUGGAGUCCAUGAUGGCUUGCUGCCUGAGCGAAGAGGCGAAGGAGUCGAAACGAAUCAAUGCAGAAAUUGACAAACAACUCCGCCGAGACAAGCGAGACUCCAGGAGAGAGCUGAAAUUACUUCUCCUCGGUACGGGAGAAAGUGGCAAGAGCACCUUCAUCAAGCAGAUGAGGAUCAUUCAUGGAGCCGGGUACUCAGACGAAGAUAAGAGAGGCUUCAUCCGGCUUGUUUACCAAAACAUCUUCACCUCCAUGCAGUCCAUGAUCCGCGCCACUGAGACCCUUAAGAUCCCCUACAAAUUUGAACAGAAUCGGUCUAAUGCCAUGCUCGUGAAGGAGGUGGACAUUGAGAAGAUCAAUGGGUUUGACUAUCCCUACAUUGCAGCUAUCAAAUGCCUGUGGUCCGACCCAGGGAUCCAGGAGGCCUAUGACCGCCGCCGAGAGUACCAGCUCUCUGACUCCACUAAAUAUUACCUUAGCGAUAUAGACCGUGUGACUACGGAGGGAUACGUUCCCACCCAGCAGGAUGUGCUGAGGGUCCGUGUUCCCACCACGGGUAUUAUAGAAUACCCGUUUGACCUGGAGAACGUCAUCUUCAGGAUGGUGGAUGUAGGGGGUCAGAGGUCAGAGAGGAGGAAGUGGAUUCACUGCUUUGAGAAUGUCACCUCCAUUAUGUUUCUGGUGGCGCUGAGCGAGUACGACCAGGUCCUGGUGGAGUCCGACAACGAGAAUCGUAUGGAGGAGAGUAAAGCUCUGUUCAGGACUAUCAUUACCUACCCCUGGUUUCAAAACUCCUCGGUCAUCCUCUUCCUCAACAAGAAGGACCUGCUUGAGGAGAAGAUCUCCUACUCACACUUGGUGGACUACUUCCCAGAGUUUGAUGGCCCCCAGAGAGAUGCACAGGCAGCGCGAGAGUUCAUUCUCAAGAUGUUUGUGGACUUAAACCCAGACAGCGACAAGAUCAUCUACUCUCACUUCACUUGUGCCACGGACACUGAGAACAUCCGCUUUGUGUUUGCAGCUGUCAAAGACACCAUCCUACAGCUCAAUCUCAAAGAGUACAAUCUGGUGUGAGGGCCCACGUAUGACGCACAUCUCCUCCCCCCCAUUGCACAAAUGCACACCUCUUUGGGUGUGCACUCAAGUUCACAUGCAUUACACACACACACACACACACACACACACACACACACACACACACACACACACACACACACACCUCACUCACGCGCACACACACACGCACCCCGACAGAACCUUUUUUUUCCCCCAGUACAGUACAUUCACAAAUCCUUCUACCUGCAAACGCCGCCCCUCCUCUUUCACCAAAGCUCGCCCUUUUCCUCUGUCGCUCGGCAGCUUGUUGUGUCAGAGUCCCCGCUCCUCCCCACGCUGCUCCGUGGUUUAGAUUUGGCCCCGACUGCUGGCUCUGGCACAUUUUAUCUGGCACACAAACCUUUCACACGGACUGUACAGUGACUGAAGAGGACUUUGUGUGUGUGUGUGUGUGUGUGUGUGUGUGUGUGUUUGGGGCAGCAUUGACUAGCAAGGAGCUGUGUUUUGGUGAAUCGCGGCAUCAAACCCCUUUGGCCCUCCGGAGUAACCCUCAGCAGUGUGAGAUCAGAUCCUUUCUGAGCUCCUAUCAGUGUGGAAGGAAGUAAAUACUGUAUCUCCUGAAACCACCUAAGAAAGCAGCGAGUGGCAUCAUGCUUCUUGGGACAGAGUGACUCGGUCAGGAGGUGAGGUCGCACGCUGGACACAAGGGGACCGGCUGAGGAUUCUGUCUCCAUCUCGCAUCUAUGAAUGUACCCACCAGUGUGAGCAUCGCAAUCGCAAAAAAAAAAAAAAUAAAAUAAAAAAAAAAAUAAAAUAGGAUUAUAUAUUACGAAGUAAAUGCAUAUGUAAACACACUUAGGACAAACAGCACGAGAGGGCAAGACAUAGCUAAUCAAAAUCUGUUCAUUGCUGAGAUUUUUAAAAUGUUUUUAAUGAUAGGAAUUUGUUGCUGCGUCUACUUCUAUUUAACAAAUAAUUGCUAAAAGGAAUGGUGAUAAGAAGUGGUAAGAAAAUCUAUAAAAACUUUGCAAAACAAAGACAUCUGAAGAAAAUAAGCAACCAGAAAUUUACUUGACAUAAGUAUCCUUUAAAGAUUUCUGUGGGAUUAGGUUUUUGUUUUUAAGUUAAUCACAUCGCUUCCCUCCUCCAGAUGUGUUCUGUAUGGAUUCACAGGGACCAUCUUCCAUGCGAUGUUCACAGCAUCUGGCUCCACUGAUACACCCCCACACCCUUAUUACAAAACACUAGUAGCGGGUGAGAGGACCCUGCUUGCGAUACAGGCUCCUCCUUGAUUGGUGGAAGCAGAUGUGGAGGGGAGCGUGAUGUCAUCAGUGUUUAUCAGCCCACAGAGCACAUCUGCAACUCGGGCUGCAAGUAGCUUAUUUAGCAAAAUAAAAGCUGUAAAUUAAACACGCCCGCACCCCAGGGUGUAAAUGGAAUCCAUGCGGUAACAUCUCUGAUGGCGUCACACCUGCGUCACUCAGCCGUCCAAUCAGACACACUUCCUGAUGGUGACACAUCAGGAUGUGCUUUUGUUUACUUUACUUUUUUUUUUUUUUUUUUUUUUACUGUAUAGUCACUUUGUUUAUAUAAAGAUUGCUUGCUGUUGAGUGGUGAGAGGAAGGGGUGGGGGGGGGGGGGGCUAUGAACCUUUCACAGAAGACGCACUCUAAAGUCUGCAAAUGUUGUUUGUGUAUAUUCAUUUGUAAAUACAUAUACACAAAACACUCCUGUACAAAAACGCUCUGUGGUACACCAUCUUUGGCAAAAAAACAAACAAACCAAAAAAAACGCAAAAAAAAAAAAGGUAUCAACUUCUUUCAUUAGCAUACAGUUUUUUUUCCUAUGAAUUUAUGGAGUAGUUAUGCUGUGAUUAUGGAUUUUGUUAACUUGAUUAAUAGGACUACACAGAGCUGAGUGGUGUUGAGGAAAUGAUCAGCAAGGAGCAAUAGUCAGAGAAAAGAGGGUCUUCCCAACCAGCCUCAUGACUCCGAACUACUGCUACAGCUCUGGCUCCAGAGUAUACUAACUAGGGCUGGUAUUAAAUCUUCACAGUAUGGUGACGAGAUGAUUUUAAGAGUAAUUAAAGAUUUUUUUUUUUUUUUUUUUUAAUUUAUCUAAUUUAUGGACCAGGUUUGAAGGUGUUGAUAAUUUGACUGCUUUUGAUUCUGUCAUGUUGAAGUGCUCCUUUUCUCAUGGCGGAGCCUACUUGAGUCUGAACUGCUGUAAAAAAAACCCGAAUGUCUGGUAUAGUAAGGACUUUAUCUCUGCUUUCUAUUUCUUAUUGAGACAUUUCCAGUUGUACUUCUCCAUCACAUCUCCAUCCAUGAUAAUAGUGUUUUUUAGGAGCCCUCACAUUUGUUUGAUUUUAAAAAGAAAAAAAGGAACUUGUAUUUUCUCUCGAAUUUAUAGACGCAGCGCUGUAAUGCAUACCUAGAAAAAAUGUACAGUACGAACGUAGGUGGACUUUUUUAUCAGUGAUUGAAGACCCACGCGGUCCAUGCUUGCUAUUUGUAAUUUUAACAACACGUUGUUGGUUUUUGCAUUGUUAAUUUCCAGUUUUUUGAGGCUUGCUUUGAUAGUGCCAGUGAAGUGCAGAAAUACUUUUUUGGUCUUUGACCUUUUCUACAGGUGACUUAUCCUUCAUCCUCAUUAAGGGCUAUCACAGUGCAUCAGUGUGGAGUGGAGUACAGAACCACAGUGAACCAAGUCAUCCACUACUAAUCCUUGUUUAUGAAUGGAGAUUACUUGCAGUUUGUGCUAUAAGAAGUAUAGGCAGGGUGUUAAUGCAAACAUACGGUGUAUGUGUAGAGAGUUUACCAACACUAAUCAGUUUUCUUUAUGUAUCUGGCCCUUUGGUGAAUUAAGUGGACCCAGUAUCUGGCUCUCCAACUUUUACUACUAAUUAGUUUGCAUCGGUAUCACAGUGUUACCUGUAAUACCUCAUGCAGUAUAGAAACACUUAAAGACACUACUACCAGGACAAGUAUUGCAUGUUUCCCCCAAGUAUUUGACUUAAUGACCAUGCUUGUGGCUUUGCAUGUUUUAACCCAUUAACGCAUACUUUUUUGAUGACCAUUUCUCCAGUUUUUAAAUUGAUUUACUACGUUGCUAUUGGCUUCCGUUCGUGCAAGUAAGGUUUGAAAUUUUGAGAGAGAAUCCAUACCACAGUUGACAUUUAGUCACACAUUUUUUUUUUUGUCAAACUUGCAUUAAUGUGCGAUAGUUACAGUGCAUUAAAACUCUUGUUGCAAUCAAAGAAGCUCUGAUCAACUAAGUAGGAAUGCACCAAUCAAAAUGUUAUUUUCCUGAUACAGAGUACUGAUCCAAUACUAGUGCUCUUUUUUUUUUUCUCAAAAUUUGAAAUUGUUAUUGGAAAUAUAUUAUUUUUAAUAUUUUAUAUAUGAUCAGCUGCUGAAAAGAUAGAGAAUCAAUUUAAAAACUUAAGGCGUGCUUAAAAAAUGGGAAGCAGUGACGUAAAGUUUCAACACUAAGUUAAUGGGGCUAAAAUACUUUUUUUUUUUUCAAAACGCCAGUCUGGUCCUUAAUUGCCAUUUUUGUCUGCUGAAAAUGACACUAACCUUGAGCGUAAGAAAGCAGACAGCCAAACGUUAGACUGCUGUCAUAAAGAGGAUGCCAGUAUUUAAGUGGAACAAUAUACCAGUAUAUGGAUACCCAAGUAUUUAUCAGUAGUUGUGUUAAGAUUUACUGUGUGUUGAGUGCAGCUCACUUUAAUGGUGAUGAACCAUGUAUUUUUAAACUUGACACUACAACUCUGGCACAUGGUGAAGGGCUGACUGGCUGUUAGUGUGGGUUUGGUAGUGUGUUAGCAGCCCAGUGUUGCACAGUGUGCUUUUGACACAUUUUAUCUCAACAUAUGCGAGCUGGAGAGAGGGAAGGCAAGUCUGUAUGAAACUUAAAUCUCCUUCUCAUUCUUUCAUUCUUGUCUGUUUUGAGCGAUGACCAGUGGAAAGACUGGAUUGGUUUUUCACUAUAACACUCUUAUUUAUUGCCUUUCAUUGCCUUGAAUAAUGAAAGAUGGUGUUGCCGGUCCUUCUAUGGUUUCGGGGCAUGCUCUGUGACUUUAUAUUUUUUUUUGGGGCGUGGUUGUGUGAUUUUCCUUCCUGUGGGCGUUUCAGAAUACGUGGAAUCAAAUUUAUCUGUUGGACAUCAGGAUGGAGUCAGUGCAUAUUCAAAAUGUAAAUCUUGUUCCCUUUUUUUGUGUGUGUUUUUCCAUUUCCUGUAUGAAAACAUUACCAGAACUCUAUUAUUUAGGACCACUUGAUUUAUUGUUCCUCACUCCAAUGAAACCUGAAGGUCAAUUGUGUAGUGGUGUAUAAAAUGCUGUUUUCUUUAUUUUGUAUGUAAACCAAAUGUAAAUGAUGUAAUAUACUGAGUGUGCCAACCCCACUCUCUAGAGCCAGGCUCUCUAAGUGCCAACGCUGUGGUCAUCAUCAAAAGACCACCACCUGAGAUGGUUCCCCCAUCCCUUUUUAAAUAAAACACAACAGAGACUAAAAGGAUAGAUGAUUAAGUACACACAAAUACUUUAUUCUGUAUUUAAGAUUGAAAUUCAAAAGAUAAUCUGCUUUUUUAUAUAAAAGAAACUGUAAUUAUAAUUGCAUGUGCUGUUUAUUUUGUGUUUGAAGUGAGGGCUUUGAUUUAUUCAUUGAAGCAGAGCCCUUGAUGAAGGGGGUUCAAUCAGUUGGUUAUCGAUUAUUGAUUUACAUAACUCUUGCCAUAUUUUUUUUUAUGUGUUUCAUGUGUUUGUUUCAACCACUGUUGCCUGAUCCUCAUUCAAACAUGAACAUGACUUACGAUCAUUGCCGCCUUCUAAGAGAGAAACAUAAUGACAAGGUAUCUGUUUUAAAUUGAAAUAAAUUUGUUCCUAUACUUGC